AUGGCGUCUCUUGUGCGGCGAGCGAGAGCAGCAGUCAAGCUGGACAUUGACGAGGUUGAUGCAGAGAGAUCGCGAUGGAUCAAUGAAGACCUGCUUCCAACGCCUCCAGAACAGCAGACCUGGCGCUGGUGGAAUUAUCUGACUUUCUACUGGUCUAUCUCCUUCACCAACUGGACCUUGGGAUCUACAAUGAUCGGCGUCGGUCUUAACUGGUGGCAGGCCAUAAUCGUCAUCUUUGUCUCCCAGCUCAUCUCGUCCAUUGCCAUGGCCUUCAACUCACGCUGCGCAAGUGUAUACCAUAUCGGUUUUCCUUGUGUAGGACGCAGUGUCUUUGGCAUGUGGGGAAGCUAUUACUUUGUCGGUGCAAGAGCGAUUCUGGCUAUCAUUUGGUACGCAGUUCAAAUGUACUCCGCCGCUAAUUACAUGUACAAUAUGCUUCGUGCCAUUUUUGGCCAUAACUUUACCGAUAUUCCGAAUCACCUGCCAGAAAGCGCUGGCAUCACCACUGCCCUAAUGAUGUGCUUUCUCCUCGCCUGGCUGAUUCAUUUGCCCUUCUGCUAUUUCCGCCCCUACCAAUUGCGCAAGUUUUUCUGGUUCAAGACCAUCGUUUCGGUUCCCGCCAUUUUUGGACUGUUCAUUUGGGCCAUGGCAAAUACCAGAGGUCGUUUGGGUGGAGGUCUUUACUCAUCCUCCUCGUCUAGUUCCAGCGCCGUGGCAUGGAUGAUCUUGUCAGCAAUUAACAGUGGCAUGGGGAACACGGCAACUUUAAUCACAAACCAGCCCGACUAUGCAAGGUGGGCUCGUAGCAGAGGCGCACCUCUUUGGACGCAACUUUUCUCCAACCCAUUUUCCGUGACUCUCUCUGCCAGUCUGGGAAUUCUUUCAACUGCGGCUGUAAAUCUGAAAUUCGGCACGGAUGUUUGGAAUCAAUGGGACAUGAUGAAUCUUAUUAUGGACCACUACUGGACUUCCGCCGCUCGCUUUGCCGUUUUCCUAUGCGCCUUUGCCUGGAUGGUCCAGAUUGUGGGUGUCAACAUUGCGGCCAACAUGAUCGCCUUUGGUGCCGACUCUUCCAUGUUGUUUCCUUCUUACGUCAACAUGCGUCGCGGCCAAUUUCUUAUCGAGAUUCUCGCUUGGGUUGUUUGUCCUUGGGAAAUCCUUGCCUCGGCUACCAAAUUCACAACCUUCCUCAGUGGAUAUGGUUUGUUCAUGGCUAGUGUUGUAGCGAUUAUGGUAUGCGACUACUUCUUGCUCUCAAAAGGCAACGUCUUCAUACCUUCACUUUAUAAUGGUACCUCGGCCAACAAGAACUAUUAUUACACCAAAGGCGUGAAUUUGCAAGCCGUGUUAGCUUACAUCAUCGGCAUUGCAUUGCCUUUCCCCGGUUUCUGCGGUGAACUAGGCGCGAGUGUUUCCACAGCAGCGAUACACUUGGUCGAUCUAGGCUGGAUUUUAUCCUUUGCCACAUCCUUUGUGUCCUACUAUGUCAUUUGCAGCAUCUGGCCGACUGACAAUAUCAAAUACGUGAGGGAACAAGGGUACAAGUUUGAGCAGAUGGCUUCCGAGGCUCAGGUAAUAGAGUCCGCUGAUUAUGGCAUGUAUAACGAUAACGUUGUGCGGGAUGAUGUGUAUAUCGAAAAGAAUCUGUCUUAG